CUCAUAUUUACAUAAUAAUAAGGAAAUUGUUUAUAUAACUUUAAAUUAUAAAUUAUGCUAGAAAUAAAUUUUGAAUUUUUGAUUAUAUGAUAUGGGAUAUUAAGUCUACUCUAAUUCAAUUCAAUUUUUAGUUUAAUAUAAUCCCCUUUAGUUUACAGAAAAAUGGGAGAAAAUAAUAUAUAUAAUUAGGCUGGAAUUAUAAAACUUCCUAUAAAUCAUAUGACAUGUAUAUUGCUACUUAUAACUCCGGCCGAAAUUAUGAUAAUUCUGGUCAUGUUUUUGUCCCUUCAGAUUGUAAUCUCCAUUGUUAUGUUAAACGACUAAGAAAGCUGUGAUGAAUUUGCAUCACGAACUAUAAUACAAUUAUAUAAAUGUUUUAAUAUACUUUGCAACAAAAAUAUUAUGAAAGAUAAUUCUUUAAACAGACUCUAAAAUAUCUUUAGAGUCCAAUCUUUAUUAUUUACAAUUGUAAAUCCAAAAUUAAUUUAUUAUGUGGUAUACUGUUAAUUCGGUUUAUAUCGGCCAAUUUACAAAGUAUGGUAUAUUGACAAGUCUUGCAUCAUCAGUAAUAUUAGUACUAUAUAUGUUUUUCUAUAAUGCAAAUAUAAGAUUUGUUUCAUCUGUUGUACUCCAUAACGUGAUGGCUGCAAACAUUCUGAGUUGUUUAAAAGCUUGUAGGAAAAAACCAAUAAUUUAUAAUUGAUGGAAUAAUAGGAUAAAGAAAUCAA